UGGCGCGCGGCGGGCCGCCGGCGGGAGCGCGAGCGGCUGAGCAGCGGCGGAAGUGUCUCCGCUGGGAAGAUGCUCCCCUUGUCGCUGCUGAAGACAGCGCAGAAUCACCCCAUGCUGGUGGAGCUGAAGAAUGGGGAGACGUACAACGGGCACCUGGUGAGCUGUGACAACUGGAUGAACAUCAACCUGCGGGAGGUCAUCUGCACGUCCCGGGAUGGCGACAAGUUCUGGCGGAUGCCUGAGUGCUACAUCCGCGGCAGCACCAUCAAGUACCUGCGCAUCCCUGAUGAGAUCAUUGACAUGGUGCGGGAGGAGGCCGCCAAGGGCCGCGGGCGAGGGGGACCACAGCAGCAGAAGCAGCAGAAAGGCCGCGGCAUGGGCGGCGCUGGCCGAGGUGUGUUUGGUGGCCGGGGCCGUGGUGGCAUCCCGGGUGCAGGCCGAGGCCAGCCGGAAAAGAAGCCAGGGCGGCAAGCAGGCAAGCAGUGAGUGGCCGCAGCGUGGACAGAGCCCAGGACGGUGGGCAAGGCCUCUGGGCACCUUCCAGU